CGGAAACCAAGACUAGCCGAGCCGCCCAAGUCCAUAUCAAAACGGUGCGAUUGCGAUUGAUGGAUUUACGUGGACAGGUAUAUAUGUAUGCGAUGUCAAACAUAUGCCGAAAUACUACGUACAGCGUAACUAGUGCAUGCGUAGAACCUACGUGCAUGGCCAGCAUCGGCAUAUGACCGAUUAAGUGAACAAUUCGAAGAGGAUUGUUGCCUCGAAGUGGUGUCUGCUUGCUUCUUGCAGCCCAGUGAGAAUGGGGAUAGAAAAGUGAGAAGAAACGCGAGCAACCGAUGCUCCUCUGAUGUACUUUGAUUGUCUCAUCUGAUCGGUUCACUGGCAUCCAGAUUGGAUUAAAUAAAUCAAUGAUUCUGAGUUUUCCCUAUCACGCACGCUGAGUAACUACAACAAAUUACCCCUCGGCCCAAUUCGUCGUAUAGGUGUUCAGGGUAAUAAUACCUAGGGCUACGCGAUGUUGUGAGAGAAUUUUUCUAGAUACACAGUAUCCAAUUUAUACAAAUUCCCAUCUGACCCUCGCUAGAUGAGAGCUUCACAACUUCAAAGAUUCGAAGAAGAUGUUCAUCAUCUCAAAUCAGUCUCCAACACGUCAUAGAAUUUAUACUGGAUAAACCCCCAGCUGUUAGCUGUGCAAAGCAUCAAAACAAGCUUUUUGGACAACCCCUGCAGAAAAUGAAAAAAGUUCGAGUUUGACUGUGAAAGACAAAGCUGAUGGGGAACCUGAAGUGGCGUUUCCAAUCCAUACUUGUGACUCUUAAAAAGGAUUCAAAGUCCAUCUCACAGACUGUAUCUCGACAACGGGGGAGAUCCUCAGCUCUAGAACACCGACUUGGGGAAAAAAAAUAUCAUUACAUAUGCCUCGACAAAUUGACGUGGGCAGAGGUCAUAAAUACCAAGUCUUUGGUUUCGAACGAGCUACAACCAGAACUAUCAUGAAACCAACCCGAUCCCGUAAAGGAGUUUCAAGUCAUCAAGAGACCAGUGUGUGUUCUAGGUCCACUUGAUUCCAGCGCGCCAAAAUAGCAGUACACCACUCCAGACUUGCGGCUCUGGGGAAUUCAGUGAUUUUCUUCCAGUCAGUUCUGGGUUUGCAAACAUUUACCGACGCCUUGGUUACAGCAAGCUUCGCAUCACGCAUGUGGUCUCCCAGGCCAAUUGUUAUGUUGGUUCAUGUUAAAAUGUUGGGUUGCAUAGCAUUUGCAAGCAGCACGCGGGGCGGAGGUAGGUUCCCGGAUUGCCCUACGACUGACCACGAUAUGUACAUAAAUAUCAUCGUGUCUUCCGGCCUGCUGUUUAAGUUUCUACAGAUCAUUUCCUCUUUUUCUUUCUUUCUUGUUUCUCUUUUUGGUUUCUGUAAUUUCCAUGACAGGAAAGCGUUGCGUUUGAAAAUCAAUCGCACAAGGCCCAGCAUGGUUUGGCUCAGACGAGUCAUUCUUUUCUUGUCUGUGGUAUGUUCAGUUGUUUCAGCGCGGUGUACCACACCAGGACAGCGCAAAGCAUGGCACACUUUGAGCAACUCUGAGAAACAAGCAUACAUCGAUGCUGAGCUCUGUUUGAUGAGAAAACCACCUAAAACCGCUUUUAAAGGUGUAAUAACACGGUUUGAUGAUUUCCAAGCUCUUCAUGUGCACACAGCAUAUAUGAACCAUUAUGUCGGAGCAUUCCUUCCCUUCCACCGGUUGAUGACGUAUAGUCAUGAGGCUGCGCUUCGGGAAGAGUGUGGCUAUAAAGGCUACCAACCCUAUUGGUAUGAGCAAAUGGAUGCAGGGAAAUUUUCCUCAUCUGACAUUUUCGACUCCGUCUAUGGCUUCGGCGGCAAUGGGUUUGGGAGGGAAGGCUGUAUCACCGACGGACCUUUCGCAAACUAUACAAGCCCGUUUGGACCGGGAUCCGAAAUUAGAACCCAGUGCAUCGAUCGAAAUUUCGAUGAUGCGGUUAGCUUAGGCACCUCCCGGGCACGGGUGGAGGACUGCACCUCUAAACCUAACUGGAUAUCAGCAUGGAAUUGCAUCGAGCUGAACCCUCAUGGUGGUGGCCACAAUGGCGUCGGGGGCCAAAUGGCCAGAGGUGGCGCUUCCCCCGGUGAUCCUAUCUUCUUUCUCCAUCACGCCUGGAUCGACAAGUUGUGGUGGGACUGGCAGGCGAAGGACCUUCCAGCGCGUCUGUCUGAGAUGGGUGGAACUAAUUUUGAUGAAAACUCCGGCUUCCCUCCCGGUCCGCCAGACUAUCCACAACCCGGAGCAAUGCCCGGUGAUCCGGGAAACAUCACCACAUUAAAUCACGUCCUCUUCAUGUUUGGCACUAUGGGCGACGAUAAGAUAAUUGCCGAUGUGAUGGAUAUUCAGGGAGAUUUCUUAUGUUACGGGUACGUAGAUCCAGAGUAGUUUUGAAUUUGAAGCUUUCCUACCAGUUUCGCUCGAGAACCACGAAGUAGACAAGAAUUGCUAGGUUAUUAUUAUUACAUAUUAGAAAGUAACUAGCAAAAGGUGAUGCAUUUACUUCCAGCUUUCAUUGUGUUAUUUUCAAGAGACUGUCAAGGGCCAAGGUCCAAAUCACGGGUUUAGUUUGGCUGCAACAUUCAUACCGGAAAAGCUUAGGGUUAUUACACGACCGGAUUAUGGCUGUUCUACUGUUUCAAUUGGUGACAUGGUCACUGAGAUAGUAUAAUGAUGAAUGAAUGAUGAAUCACUGUAAAUAAGUUGUAAACAGAAAAACUCAAUUAUCAUAUUAAUAAUGUUGUCAUUCAAUCUAUACAAUCACUAAU